CACACAACUUGCGUAGUCACUGAAUAAUUAUGAUGUUUAAUGUUUGAUUCAGAUGUUUCCAAGUAGUCUGCUAUUUGAUGGCAAAUGAUCAAAUUUGAUAGAUAUGACGAAUUAUUUGAAAUAUCUUGCACAUUUGUCGAAAAGGAAUCUCUUACAAAAUCUUGAAAGACCGAAUUUUUUGCUUUCAUCAACACUUGGAACAUUUCCUGUUCCUAAAGAAGUUAUAUACAAUCCCUAUUUCAGAAACACUGUUGCAGGAUCGGAACCAAGAUCCAAGUAUGGAGGAAAAUAUUUUGUAACUCUGGUUCCUGGAGCAGGAAUUGGUAGAGAAUUAGCAGAUGCCCUAUCAUCAUUGUUCUACUCCGCAAAUAUUCCAAUUCAGUUUGACAGAAUUGAGAUCUCUGCCAAAUCUGAUGAGGAAGAUUACAAGCAAAUGCUCAGAUCUAUUCGACAUUGUGGAGCUGCUAUUAAAGGUUACAUAGAGCCACAAGUGAAAGAUGAUAAUGAGCCUUCGACAUCUCACAUUCGAAGUAGAAAUCUAAGGUUGAGAUCGACAUUGGAUUUGUAUGUUGAAGUGAUGCAUUUCAAGUCUCAUCCAGCGCUCAGUCAUCUGGUAAAAUACAAUUUAUUAAAUUUUAAUGAAGGUGGAGACUCCAGAUAGAAUCAGAUAUCGGUAUUUAUAUGCUAUUGAUUUGGAAAAUAUGAUUUAUACUAGCCGUCAGGCUC